AUGACACCCCCCACCCCUGCCACCGGUGCAGAACAGCUCCUCCCGACCCUUCUUGACCGGCGUGCGGCGGAAGAUCCAGGCGGAAUCUUCGCCAAAGUGCCCUGGUCGCCGACUUCCACCUCCUAUGCGGCGGGAUUUCGCUCCGUCACCAACGUCGAACUGGUGAAUGCCAUCAACUUCGUGGCAUGGCAGCUACAAUCCCACUUCGGGCCGGGCAAGGAUUUCCCCUGUAUCACCUACUUGGGACCUUCGGAUCUCCGCUACUCGAUUGUGGUGGUGGCAGCCAUCAAAGCAGGCUACCAGACGUUUUUGCCGUCCCCCAGAAACAGCAAACCCGCCCUCAUCUCUCUCCUUUCACGUCUGCAAUGCCGCCGGUUGGUCGCUACGACCCCGGAGGCACCGGUGGUCCCGACGCUGGUGGAAGACAUCCCUCUGGAUAUUCUCCAUAUCCCUUCACUUCAGGAACUCCUGGACGCGGAGAAUGUGCCGCAUUACCCCUACGUCAAGACGUUCCCGGAUGCAACGGAUGAUCCCAUCUUCAUCUUGCACACUUCAGGCUCCACGGGUAUUCCCAAGCCUUUGUUCUACACCCAUCGUUUUGUCACCGCCAUUGCCACCAACACCGCACUUCCACCCCCUCCCGGCUUUCGUAGUCUCGAUCAAUUCUUUCGGACGGGCAGUUUCUUCAUGACCCUCCCGUCGUUCCAUAUCGCCGGCAUCGGAUUCUCCCUCAUUGUUCCCGCAUUCCACGGUAGCAUUCCCAUCUAUCCGCUACCAACUGCACCUCCUACCACAGACGCAUUGCUGGACGCGGUGCAAAACGUCCAUGUCGACUGGGCUUUUCUCCCCCCCGUCAUGGUGGACGAAUUAGGCAAAACCCCAGCUUUGUUAGACGCGGUGUCGUCCCGUCUCAAAUACGUCUUCUACACCGGCGGCAGUGUCCCCCAAGCGUCUGGAGAUGCCGUCACUGCCAAAAUGGGCGUGUACCAGGUGCUCGGGUCGAGUGAAAAUGCGACAUUCCCUCUUCUCAGAUCAGACCAGGACCCGACGUGCGCGGAUUGGAACUAUGUUCAAAUCCAUCCGGCGGCUCAGGCGGAGUUUCGGCAUCGGUUCGAUGAUCUUCAUGAACUCGUUCUGGUCAAUGCAUCCAAUGCUCCAGGUAGACAGCCCCCGCCCGUCUUUCAGCAUUUCCCCCAUCUGGCCGAGUACGAGACGAGAGACCUCUUCGCUCCUCAUCCGACGAAACCCGGGCUAUGGACACACAAAAGUCGCAUCGAUGAUGUGAUUGUCUUCCUCAAUGGAGAAAAGACAAAUCCGGUCUCAUUCGAACACGAGGUCGUCUCGCACCCACACGUCCGCGCCGCCCUGGUCGGAGGACAGCAACGGUUUGAAGCCUGUCUGCUGGUCGAACCCGUCAGCAACCAGCCGCUCUCGGCCGCGGAGAAGGCGCACUUGAUUGAGAGCAUUUGGCCCACGGUCGAACGGGCCAACGCUCAAUGUCCUGCUCAUGCCCGCAUCGACAAAUCCAAGAUCCUACUGGUCGACCCCCAGAAGCCCCUGCCACGCGCCGGCAAGGGGACGGUUCAACGGCAGGCGGCCAUGGCUCUGUACGCGGAUCAACUGGACCAGCUCUAUGCCGAGGCCGAGCCGACCGAGUCUGAUUCUUUCUCUCAGGGCCAUCGUUAUGACUGGUCUGAUCCCGAAGCCAUCACCACCGCCGUACACGAGACGGUAGAAAAGGUCACCAACUGGAGUCGACUCGAGCCCGACCAUGAGUUUUUUUCCUUGGGCAUGGAUUCGUUGCAAGUGUUGCGGUUGGGCAGAGAGCUCAAGGCCAAACUCGGGCUGUCGUCCAUUGCGACGAGGGACAUCUAUGCACACCCUUCCGUGCAUCUUCUCAGCCAGGAAAUCAUCAAAAUCGCCCAGAGUCGACAUGGACAGGGACCCGCGGCGCCUGACGACAAUGGCCCGCCCGCAUCGGAAUCUCAAUCUCACGCCGAUCAAACAUCCCAAUUACUACAGGUGUACCAGGGGAAAAUCGACCAAAUCGAGAUGGAUAUUGAUGCCGGGGUCUCAAAGCAGCCAACAUCAACAUCGCAGUUGGAACCACAGCCACAGGUCAUUGUUCUCACCGGCUCCACCGGCUCGUUGGGGUCGUGGAUCCUUCACGAGCUGCUCCAGGACGACAGCGUGACGCACAUAUAUUGUUUCAACCGAGCGGUCGACUCGCAGUCCCGGCAGAAAACCCGACAUGAGCAAGAGGGCCUUCCGGUCCAAUUCCCGCCAUCCCGCGUCACCUUUGUGACGGUCGACCUGUCGGCACCGGACUUGGGCCUCGACCUGGCCAUGCUGGACUCGGUGCGGACGACGGUGACGACCAUCAUCCACAAUGCCUGGCCGGUGGAUUUCAACAAAAGCCUGGCCUCGUUCCGACCCAGCCUGGACGGCGUGCUCAAUUUGAUCUCGUUGGCCGCCCGCUCCACCAGGGCACCUGCUCUUUUGUUCGUUUCGUCCAUCAGCGCUGUCGGCAACUACCAAAGGCCUAGCCCUCACGGGCGAGUUGGAGCGGCUGAGACGGUGCCCGAGACGGUCAUUUGGGAUCCCUCCGCCCCCUCCACCAUGGGCUACGGUGAAAGCAAGUACAUUGCCGAACGAAUGCUCGACCAUGCGGCACGCCGGCUUCACCUCGCUGCCGGUGCGGUCCGGGUGGGCCAGAUCGCCGGCACCAGUAAAAGUGAAAACGGAAAUCCUCGAGGUUGGAACCGGAACCAGUGGUUUCCCAGUCUGGUUCUGAGUUCACGCUAUCUGGGUGUGGUGCCUGAAUCGCUUGGGUUGAGAAUCGAUUCCAAGGUAAGUGAAGGUGUAAGUGGGAUUUCGGGUACAAGUGGAAGUACAAAUGAUCUCGACAUCAAGAAUGAAGGUGGUGGAGGUGGUGUCAUGGAUGAAAUCGAUUGGAUUCCCAUCGAUGAGUUGGCUCGAGUCAUUGUCCAGCUUGGUAGCGCGACGGCGACGGCGAAGGCGACGGCCACAGCGGUAGAGUUGGACAACGACAACGAUAACAGCAGCAGUCCUUGGGCCUUGCGUGUAUUUCACGCCGUCAACCCACACGUUGUGUCAUGGCGCGAACUUCUUCCGACGGUGCGAGCCAGUCUGAGCCGGAGCCUGGGGAGUGGGAGUGGGAGUGGGAGUGGGAGUGGGAGUGGGAGUGGGAGUGGGAGUGGGAGUGGGAGUGGGAGUGGGAGUGAAAAUGGACCUAACAGUGAUCCUCAUCCUCAUCCUCAUCCUCAGGCUGCCGAGUCCUUCAAAACUGUCCCAUUUCCGGAAUGGCUUGAUCGUCUUCAGUCGACGGCGAUCACGACCGAGGAGGAACUGGUGGCGAAGAACCCGGCCGUCAAGCUCCUUGACUUUUACACGAGUCUGUUAAGGUCUGAACCCAUGGUCAAGUUGGAUCUGACUUAUACCCUGCAACAAAGCGAGUGGUUGGUCGAGUUGCAGCCGAUCCGGCCGGAGUGGGUGGCGGGAUGGAUUGAGAAUUGGAUAUCUGGGUGA